AUGGACAAUCAGAUGGCAUCAAUGGUUGCUAAGGCCUGUGGUAAUUCCAGUCAAAUGUCGCCUGCUAUAACAGUCCAAGAAAAGGGGAGUAGGAAUAAGAGGAAAUUCAGGGCUGAUCCGCCUUUAGCUGACCCUAAUAAGUUCAUCUUGUCACCUCAAAAUGCAUGUGCAAGCUAUGAAUUCUCGGCGGAGAAAUUUGAGAUCAUCCCGACUCAUGGACACCUCGAUGGGUGUGACAUGUGUAGUGUCGACCAGGACCAUUUCGAUGCUCUGAAACUUGACCUUGGAUUGUCUUGUGCAGUAGGAUCUUCUGAGGUGCAGCCCAGCCGGCUAAGAGAAGAUAUAGAAGCAACAGAUGAGUUCCAUGAUGCUGAUUGGAGUGAUCUUACAGAAUCCCAGCUAGAAGAACUUGUUUUGAGCAACUUGGACACAAUUUUCAAGAGUGCAAUUAAGAAAAUAGUUGCUUCUGGUUAUAGUGAAGNUUUUUUUUUUUUUGUUUCAACGGUCAUAGGUGUUUGGAUCAGUUUACGCACACUUUGA